AUGGCUUCCUUAACACUACUGCUCUCGUUUGCUCUUGCAGCCCUUCUGUUUGGCUUCAGCAAUGCACAAGUGAUGUUUGGCUUUUACAAUUUUGUGUGCCCUAAUGCUGAAGCUAUUGUUAAUGAGGAAAUGAAGCAUAUCAUGGCAGUGGCUCCAAGCCUUGCCGGGCCUUUGCUGCGUAUGCAUUAUCAUGAUUGUUUCGUUAAGGGAUGUGAUGCUUCAAUCCUUGUGAAUCCUUCUGCAAAAAAAGCUACAGAGAAAGUUGCGCCACCAAAUCUAAGCAUUAGAGGCUUCGAAGUGAUUGAUCGAAUUAAGGAGAAAUUAGAAGCAGCUUGCCCUGGGAUUGUCUCCUGUGCAGAUAUCAUAGCUCUGGUCGCAAGGGAUGCAGUGGCCCUGACCCAUGGACCGUGCUACCAGGUAGAAACCGGCAGAAGAGAUGGGACCAGAUCAGUAGCCCAAGACGUGAUCGGUAACCUCGUCCCACCAACUUCCAACAUAACUGCUCUCAAAGCCGUCUUCCUUCAAAAAGGCCUUACCUUGAAGGAUCUUGUUGUUCUGUCAGGAGCUCACACUAUUGGAACUUCUCAUUGCUCAUCAUUCUCAAGUAGACUGUACAAUGCGACUGGUAAGGGCGACACAGAUCCGACGCUAGAUAAGAACUAUGUGCCCAGGCUGAAGAGCAAAUGCAAGCCCAACGAUCAAAAAACUCUGGUGGAAAUGGACCCUGGCAGUUUUAAGACAUUUGAUGUUGGCUACUUCAAACAAGUUUCGAAGAGAAGAUCCCUUUUCCUCUCAGAUGAAGCUCUCUUGCACGACAGUGAGACGAGGAGCUAUGUGGAGCGCCAGGCCAUGGCAAGCCCUGAUGAGUUCUUCAGAGAUUUUGCUGCGUCUAUGGUCAAAAUGGGAAGGCUAGAGGUUCUCACAAAUGAGAAAGGUGAAAUCAGGAAGAGGUGUGGGUUUGUUAAUUAA